CAGAAUUUGACGUAUUACAUCAGAAAAUAUGUAGUUGAAACAAAAAUGAAAUUUCUUAGUUGUUUUGAAGCAACAUACUUAAGCUCUACAUGCUUUUGCAUAAUCGUAAAUAAAAACAAAUAUGCUAUAGCAAUUCAAAGGUUAUUAAAAUGAGCGAGCCUAUAAUUAUCACCAUCCCAAGUUUUGUGAAGUAUGAAAGUGAUACAAGUAAAAUGAACAUCGGUGAAAAUCUUUCUAAUGGAAGAAAAAGGAGGUUGAAUUUGACAUGGGAAGAAAGAAUUCAAAGAAAAAAACUUAAGAAUAGAGUGGCCGCACAAACCUCCAGAGAUCGAAAGAAAGCACAAUUGGAAGAACUGACAGUACAAGUUACCACAUUGCAAGCAGAAUGCGAUAGAUUAAAAUCACUGAAUGAAAAACUAUUAUACGAAAACUCUAUUCUACAUAGAAAACUUUCUGAGCAAACUUCUAAUUCUACUACAAUUGUCAGCUCUGAGCUCUUGAAUAGACCAGCAGUGUCCAUCACAACUCCUCUGCAGCAGGAGAAUGCAUCAGAGCUGGCAGUUGUAGCAGAAGGAAAAGUGAAGAAUCAAAAAUCGAUAAGUCAGAGACAGAAUCUAUUAUCAGUUCUUGCGGUUUUAACUUUCCUGAUCUCUUACAAGUCAUCGAAUCAGAAGAAUGCCUUGAAAGCAUUGCCAACAAUUUCUUGUCAGGAACCAUCUUCGAUGACUUUGCAAAGGAUUUUGCACAAGAUACUAAAACACCCAAAGUUGAAGUGGUCCCUCCAGCACGGUCUUCAUCAGAACGGUUGGAACAUUCAACACAUAAAGCCACAAAUCAUAAAAUUAAUGAAAUACCAAAUACAAUAAAAAUUGACAUGGAUAUAUUACAAGAUCACAAUGAUAAUAUACAAAAUACUACUUAUGAUGUGGAUAUAUUGGAGUUGCCAGUAGAUAUAGAUGAGCAGGUGGUAGAAAUUACAAAUGAAGG